ACAGAGCAACGUCCAAUGGGAAAGCAGCUCGGUGUCACGCACCUCCUUUCCCGGCGGGCACCGCCUGCGCCGCGGCGAGUGAGGCGUCGUCCGUACUGGAGGCUGGCUCAGGUCGCGGCCGCGGCGAGUUAACAUCGUUUUUCCAAUCUGUCCGCGGCUGCCGCCGCCCAAGACAGAGCCAGAAUGUUCAGGAUGCUGAACAGCAGUUUUGAGGAUGACCCCUUCUUCUCUGAGUCCAUUCUUGCACACCGAGAAAAUAUGCGACAGAUGAUGAGAAGUUUUUCUGAACCCUUUGGAAGAGACUUGCUCAGUAUCUCUGAUGGUAGAGGGAGAGCUCAUAAUCGUAGAGGACAUAAUGAUGGUGAAGAUUCUUUGACUCAUACAGAUGUCAGCUCCUUCCAGACAAUGGACCAAAUGGUGUCAAAUAUGAGAAACUAUAUGCAGAAAUUAGAAAGAAACUUCGGUCAACUUUCAGUGGAUCCAAAUGGACAUUCAUUUUGUUCUUCCUCAGUUAUGACUUAUUCCAAAAUAGGAGAUGAACCGCCAAAGGUUUUUCAGGCCUCAACUCAAACUCGUCGAGCUCCAGGAGGAAUAAAGGAAACCAGGAAAGCAAUGAGAGAUUCUGACAGUGGACUAGAAAAAAUGGCUAUUGGUCAUCAUAUCCAUGACCGAGCUCAUGUCAUUAAAAAGUCAAAGAACAAGAAGACUGGAGAUGAAGAGGUCAACCAGGAGUUCAUCAAUAUGAAUGAAAGUGAUGCUCAUGCUUUUGAUGAGGAGUGGCAAAGUGAGGUUUUGAAGUACAAACCAGGACGACACAAUCUAGAAAACACUAGAAUGAGAAGUGUUGGCCAUGAGAAUCCUGGCUCCCGAGAACUUAAAAGAAGGGAGAAACCUCAACAAAGUCCAGCCAUUGAACAUGGAAGGAGAUCAGAUGUUUUGGGGGACAAACUACACAUCAAAGGCUCAUCUGUGAAAAGCAACAAAAAAUAAAUAGCCAUGCAUUUGAUUUGUUUAGUUUUGGUUGUUUUAACAGUUAGUAAUGGUGCUGGGUAAUAGGCAUAAGACCAAUCUCUUGCUGUUAAAUCAGUUCUGUCCUUGGCAACUUUCUUCUGAUAUCUGAAUGUUCAUGAAGGUCCUAGCUUUAUAUUGUCUCUCUUUUAGGAAUAAACUUUUGAUUUUCAACAA